AUGUCGAAACAAACCAAAUUUCCGAUGGGGAUCGACUCGAAGAAGAUUAGCGGUGAGCUGUUCACCCUAACAUACGGCGCUUUGGUGGCAGAAUUACUUCGGGAUUUGGAAAGUCCUUUGGCAGUUAAUCGACAGCUGGAUAAAAUGGGUUACAAUAUAGGAUUACGAUUAGCCGAUGAUUUGUUGGCGAAGAAUUCUCAAAUCCACCGUUGUACAGACAUGCAUCAAGUUGCUGAUGUGCUGGCAAAAGUUGCUCUCCGCAGUUAUCUCGGAGUAACUGCACAAGUGUCAAACUGGAAUGCUCGUAAUGAUGAGUUUUCUCUCAUCCUUGAAUCAAAUCCUUUAGCAGAAUUUGUUGAAGUCCCACCUGAAUUAGCGCAGGACCUUAGGCAAGAGCCCUGUGCAAUGAUAGUCAAUGAUAGUCCUGGGCGCGAUGAUAGUCAUUAUCAUAAGUAUUCGCAAAUACUUUGUGGCGCAAUACGAGGAGCUUUGGAAAUGAUGCACAUGGAAGUGCAAACAUUCAUUGUACAAGAACACAGUCAGAGUGUUGAGAUCAGAGUAAAAUUCAUUCGAAUAUUGCAAGAAUCAGUUCCGCCUGGAGAUGAUUAA